UCCCGGCUUCCUCCGUGGCGUUCCUAAGCCGACCGUUUCGGGUGUUUUGCUGAUAUCUAGGCGGCCUCCCUCUUCGCGUCAGCAAGCGACCGAGGCCAUGGCGGCCCAGAAGAUAAACGAGGGGCUGGAGCAUCUGGCCAAGGCAGAGAAGUACCUGAAAACUGGUUUUCUGAAGUGGAAGCCAGAUUAUGACAGCGCUGCUUCUGAAUAUGGAAAAGCAGCUGUUGCCUUUAAAAAUGCCAAACAAUUUGAGCAAGCAAAAGAUGCCUGCCUACGGGAAGCUGUUGCCCAUGAAAAUAACAGGGCCCUUUUUCAUGCUGCCAAAGCUUAUGAGCAAGCUGGCAUGAUGUUGAAGGAGAUGCAGAAACUGCCUGAAGCCGUGCAACUGAUUGAGAAAGCCAGCAUGAUGUACCUGGAGAACGGGACCCCUGACACCGCAGCUAUGGCCUUGGAGAGAGCUGGAAAGCUCAUAGAAAACGUAGAUCCAGAGAAGGCUGUACAGUUGUAUCAGCAGACUGCGAAUGUGUUUGAAAAUGAGGAGCGCCUCCGACAGGCAGUUGAACUCCUAGGAAAGGCCUCCAGGCUGCUGGUACGAGGUCGGAGGUUUGAUGAAGCUGCACUGUCUAUUCAAAAAGAAAAAAAUAUUUAUAAAGAAAUUGAGAACUACCCAACUUGUUAUAAGAAAACAAUUGCUCAGGUCUUAGUUCAUCUACACAGAAAUGACUAUGUGGCUGCAGAGAGGUGUGUCAGGGAGAGCUACAGCAUACCAGGCUUUAAUGGCAGUGAAGACUGUGCGGCGCUGGAACUGCUUCUGGAGGGCUAUGACCAGCAGGACCAAGACCAAGUGUCCGAAGUCUGCAACUCGCCCCUUUUCAAAUACAUGGACAAUGAUUACGCUAAACUGGGCCUAAGUUUGGUGGUCCCAGGAGGAGGAAUCAAGAAGAAAUCCCCAGCAACACCCCAGGCCAAGUCUGAUGGUGCUGCCAGCACAGCCGCUGAAGAGGAGGAAGACGAGUACUCAGGAGGCCUGUGCUAGUACCCUGCCUACAGAGAUAAGACAGGAUCCCGACCCGCCCUUCCCAUGGAAUUAGGACUCAUUUUGUGGGCAUCUCCACUUCACUCAAGUCCUGAUGCUGGAUGCCAAUAUAUAAGAAGUUUAGUUUACCAUUUCCCCAAACUAGCCAUUGUGUCUACUACCUGUGCAGCAUUCUCUCCUUUCCGUUGUAAGCAAAAAACACUGUCAUGUUUUAAUAAUUGAUUUUAAAAUGUAUAGGCCAAAUUCUAGAUAAAUUAUAUCAUAAGCAAAACAGGAAAUAGAUAUACUCAGUCUUUUCUCUUGACUUCUUGUAAUUUAUUGUUAGAUAAUUUUCUUUGCAUUUUAUUUAAUGUCACUUCUAAAUGUGCUAGGGUUUUGGUAAAAAUAAUUUCAAACUGGUCUGUUUUUUUCCACCAUCUUUCCAUGUUCCCCAUUGAUGCCCACGCAUGUCCCCGCUAAGAGUGUCAACAGUGCAGCCAGCAGGUCCUAGCAGACGCUCCUGACUAGAUGUCUGACUGGAGAUGGUGCAUGGUUACACCUUAAACUGCUGAUGUGGCCAUUGAUGAGCACAGAGCAGGAACAUGGCCGUCACCCUCACAGGCUGUUUACAUGCAUGUGGAGUUUCAGGCCCAGACUGAAUGUGCUACUCAGUGACCUAGAAAUGGCACUGUCAGCUCUUCCUGUCCUGUUUGCCCACUGCAUUGUACCUGGAGCCUUGCUGGCAUCGUGGACCAUGCAGAGGCAGAACAGAAACACAGGAGGGAAACCCCAAGACUCUUUUUCUAGGGAUAUAAAACAUAAGAGUAAACAACAUACUUCAGUGGAGUGGGGCCUUGUCUCCGGUUGAGAAGGAAAUUUAUUCGUCAUCAUAUUAGAUAACGUUCAAAUUAUUGAGUCUUUUCAGAAGCAAGCUUUGGACAAAAGCUUUAUAAUAUUUAGCUGAAUAGCCAUUAUGUGUGAAUAUAAAAUAUGGAAGGUAACAUAUUAAAGUGCUGUUGUAAAUGUCUUCGGCCCUCCCUGAAGUAUUGCUAUUUCUUUUUUCUUAACAACAACAAAAAGUAUGACUGUUCAAACCUACUUGACUCUUGACCAAAAUGGGACUAGGUAAAACCAUUUAUAUUUAUCUAGAAUGACAGGUAAUAUCCCUGCCAAUCUAGUAUGCAUGCAUUUCUUACUUUGGAGUUAAUAAUCGAACAUGAGUUGUGCUAGAUACUACAAAAUAAAAGUUAGCCAAGAGGGAAAAAGUGGUUUUGAAAGACAUACAUUUAGGACUGGGUUAGCAAUCUUUCAUACCUCAUAGUCCUCGCAUGGUUACUUCCUAAAAGUUAGUUCUGAAGCAUUCCCCUUUUUGCCCUGUAUGGCUAAGAGCCCUCCAUGGUUCAUGAACUGACGAGGUUGCCAGCAGCAGGAGCGUGUGCUAGGAAGUGGUGCUGACCCGAAUAGGACUGUCACCACGCUCCACCGUGAAUAAAGUAUGCUUAGGCUUGCUAGAUUCCCAAAACCUAGGAAAAGCAUUGUUACAGUACUGGUCCCAGUGUUGUGGGAGUGCUCCUACAAACUAGCAUCUGCCAGGGGCGCUUGACUGGGUGGAUGUCACUGAGCCCUGUGCAGACUGCUGGCCUGAUCCAAAACACUAACACAAGCUGAUGCUUCCCCUAAGUUACCUGCAUAGUUCUUUGGGUCACCAAUUCAUUCUCUUUAAUUGCAUUGAGAGUAUGAAUAAAGCUGUCUUCUGAUUUUUUAUUUAAAGAGGAAAUUGGUAUUUCUAAGAUUAAUGAAUGUGGUAUUUGCCUUUAGAUCCAACUAGAAACACUGGUGCUCAUUGGAGUGGAUUAGCAGACUUUUAAAAUAUAUUUGGCAGUACUCAAAAGUUACUUUAGACUGUUUUAUGGCCCAUGUUAUUAAAAAAAAAAAAAACCUUGUCGGGAGAUCAAUUUUAUUUGUAUAUACUAUAAACAGAAAACGCACUUAUCAGUGCACCAUGGGGGGGCGGUUAAUCUUCAGAGGCAUUUAGGCCAUGCCCACCUCCUGCCACCCCCAUUAGGAGCCAGUGUACAGAAUUCAGAGCUCUUUUUUUUCUGUGAGGUUAUUCUGCGUGGUGUCUCAGAAGGAGCAUUUGUCCCUCCUGUACACAUUUUAUUUUUCUACUUGCAUUAAGUCUUCGUUCUCAUGAGCUUAGGAACGGAAAACGUGGUCUUUAGAGCAAGCAGAACCCUAGCGCCCUCCCUAUGGCCAUGACCUUCUGCAUGAGUAUGCUCAGCACCAUCUAGUGUUUAGUGCUGUUCUGUAGUGAGUGAAGUCAGCCAACAGAGCACAGUUAAUAUAUUGAAUUUGUAAAUAUGCAGAGUAUAGUAUUUGUGUAUGGAAUCUGUGCAUUAUCAUAUUUUUUCAGCUUUUUGGUGAAUAAAAUAAUAUGUCAUUGAUGGAAAUUAGAUGCUGCUUCUGAAGGAAGAUAAUUAUGAAAAUAAAACUCAAGAUUCUGUGAA